AUGACAAAACCCGCUUUUCUAGAGCUCCCCGCUGGAGCUCAACUCACAUACCUCGCUGAGGGUGGGGCCAAUAUCAUUUAUCGCAUUGCUUCAGCUCCCUCACCCUGCCAUACCGGCCCCACGGACACUUAUAGCUCUUCUGGGCCCCAUUUCAUUGUUCCUCCAGAGUUCAAGGGAAAAUUACUUCGUCUUCGAAAGGAAACAAAGACAGGAAUCUCAUACCAGGAGAUUGCGCGUAAUUUCGAUAGAACCAUCCGCCCAUUGUUCAGUCCUGACGAACUGGUGGACCAGGAGCUUGUGUACCUUCCGAGUGGACUUGUGCAACGCUGCAAUGAGCAACUAAGCGCGGCGGAGCGCAAUGGCGAACGCCCCAAGAAGCGUCAAGGCGUGUAUCUUUCGGUCACAGAGCCAUUUGGGCUUCUGGUUACCGAUAUGACGACUUUUGCUACCCCGAAUACCGUGCUUGCGGAAUUAAAGCCCAAAUGGCUCCUGCAGUCACCAUCAGCGCCAGUCAAUGCACGGAGAUGUCGCACGUGCGCAUUGCGGGACAUGAAGAAUUACCAGAGUCGGAGAGCAGGUGGGUCUGAAGAGAUCUCGUUUUGUCCGUUGAACCUGGUAUCGGACAAGUUUGAGAAUGUCCUGCGCGCAGCCAAGUACGUCAAGGGCUGUGAGGACCAAACCAGGCUGGCAAGGAUUCUCUAUCGCAACCCUACAUUGCAGAAACUCUUGACGCAUCAGAAGGCUAUGCGUGACGUGGGACUACAUGGGCCUUCGGCGCAGUCUCGAGAGCAGUCUCUUGCGAUGACUUUGCGAGACUGCACGAUGUUUAUAAAGGUAGCCCAUUCGACUCCCUCUAUGUGUACGAGACGAUUGGCUUACAGUAUUAGAUUCCGCGUGACGAGAUGGGGCCAGUGGAAGUCCGCCUUGGAGACUUAG